GUUUCACAAUUGGUCUGGAAACAAUCGACACUGAAAGUACCCAUUUACACUUGAACUAUGAAACGCUAGCAAGGUAGCUGCAAUUAGCCCUUUUAGCGUUAUCACAACAAACAUUCCGUUUCCCCCUCUCCGUGCCGUCUGCAUCGGUGCCCAACAGCAACAGUCCAGCAUCCAAUGGCCAGUUACCCAUCAUAUACCUAAAAAGCCUUAUACUUCCCACACAUAUCAUUUGCCAUUCCAAACCUAUCACUGGAAUUAGGGGGCGCAAUUGAUUGGUGCACGCAAUGACAGAGGCCUAAUAUACUAGAAAGUCAUAAUAUUGCUACUUUUGCAUCCCCAUUAACCCCCAACAGUCCAGACCAAACAAUCUUAGAAAAACAACCCCACAUCAACACACCCGUGAAACCUCAACAUUACACCAAAUCCAGCUUGACAAACCCCAACCCUCUAACCACACUACAUACUCAAUAAUGUCCCCUCGAUUCAGACUUGUAUUCUUUGUUCCCCCCUCCGCCGUACCGGCCUGCAAGACGGCUAUCUUUUCUGCAGGCGCAGGCCGUUACCCCGGUCAAGGGAACUACACGGAGUGCUGCUGGACUACUCCAGGCACUUCCCAAUUCCGUCCUGGAGAUGCAGCUAACCCGCACAUCGGGAAGGUGGGCGAAUUGGAGACAACGGAGGAGAUUAGGGUAGAGGCAUUGUGUGCUAGUGAGGAUAUUGCCCGGAAAGCUGUGGAGGCAUUGAAGAAGGCUCAUCCGUAUGAGCAGCCCUCCUAUGGUGUCUAUAGAAUGGAAGAUUUUUGAGCUGUUGUUGGUUGUCCUUGUGUAUUGGGGGGGAAAUCAAAAGAAAAGAAAAAGAAAAAACUUCCCACCUCCGGAACAACUAGCAGAUUAAACCCUAAAAUGCUUCAUUAAACAGUUGCUAAACACUAUAUAUAUCGAAAGUCAAACUCGCCAAGCUAAAAAAGAAAAUUUGAAAAAAAAAACAUGUGGCGCCUGUAUCAUUCGUAGCUGGAUCAUAGCUCAUCAAAAGUACCCUC